AUUCAGUUGCGAUCGAUCUGCUUCAGAGUAAUGUUGGACAAAGACAAGAUUGUAGUAGUGGCCAUUGGCCUUGUGGUCUUGGUCGGUUCUAUUGGAGGUGGUCUUGUAUGGGGACAGCAGGAGGAAGCCUCAGCCAAGUUUGGCAGAGUUCUACUGGCUCCGGCGUCUGCUUUAUUGGCAUUCGGAGCAAUGUCGGCCAGAAAAGAACACAGGAUCCAGAUUCAAAUUGUUUGGCUCCUGGCAUCAGUUGUCUUUUUGGCCACAAUGAUGAACAUGGUUGGUGCCCAUUGGUACGAUACAGAUCUUAAACGAACUGUAGCCUACACAACCGUCCUCCACAUUGGGAUGAUGUUGUGGAUCUAUAGUAUUAACUUCAGGAUGACCAAAGAACAUUCAGAGGAUGUCACUAGCAGCAAACCACCUCCUUAUGAGUCGGAUGGAGUUAAGGAAGGGGAGUUCCCCAAAGAAGCCAAGAAUCUAAAAGUGGUAGUGGUAUAAAAAAUUUGUCCUUUAUCGGUUACUCUGACUAGAUAGGUGAGAAAUAAUUUAAAAACUUAACGAAAGAAGUCGAAAUAAAUGAAGCUUCAUGAAACUAAA